AUGACCGCAGAGCAUUCUCCCUUAAGCCUGAGCACGGUUCUCGUGACCGGUGGCAGUGGUGGUCUUGCCAGCAAGAUCCUUGAGCUCUUCUCACAGCGUGGCUGCAAACGUCUCCACUCGAUUGAUAUUCGGCAGCCAUCCCAUCUUCUUCACGGUGUUACGUACCAUCUAGGAGAUCUUACAGAUGUUGAUGCGAUGCGACAGAUCUUUCAUGAGGUCAAACCUGACGUUGUGAUUCACACCGCCAGUCCUAGAUUCGACACGCCAAAUCAUAUCAUGUAUAAAGUCAACGUGGAGGGCACUAAAAACUUGGUCCAGAUUGCCCAAGAGUCUGGAGCACACUCGUUCGUCUACACGAGCUCGGCGAGCGUUAUCAGCGACGGAAAGACUGAUCUGGAGAAUGCUGAUGAGAGCUACCCGGUCAUCCUCGGCGACCAGCAACCGGAGUACUAUACUCACACCAAAGCUCUCGCUGAGACAUAUGUCCUUUUACAGAAUCAUCGAUCAGAAGGCACCUCCCCCCAGUUCCUGACUUGCGCAAUCCGGCCAUCGGGUAUCUUUGGUGUUGGCGACCUGGUUUUGCUCCCCGGUAUGCUGGAUGCGUAUUUCAGAGGGCAGACCAAGGUGCAGAUUGGCAACAACAAAAACUUAUUCGACUUCACUGAGAACACAAAUGUGGCAUACAGUCACUACCUUGCGGCCGCCGCGCUGGUUACAUGCCAAAAUAGCCUGCCGGGGGAUGAUGCCAAGGUGGAUGGCGAAGCCUUUUUCAUCACUAAUGACGAACCUAUAUACUUCUGGGACUUUACACGGCUGGUUUGGGGGUAUGCGGGGGACACCACGCGGCCAGAACAAGUACAGGUGAUGAGUCGAACAUGGGCAUUGCUGCUGGCUGCAUUGUUGGAGUGGAUCUUCUGGGCUUUUCGCCUAGGCGAAGCACCUCUGACAAGGACUAAAGUGCGGCUCAGCUGCAUGACAAGGUAUUUCUGCAUUGACAAGGCGAAGCAACGACUUAGGUAUAAGCCCCUGGUAGGGCUUAAGGACGGGUUAAGAACUGCAGUUGAAGAUUGCCUUCGGCGGCGGACGGCAGCACAAAGCACUCAUACAAGUAAUGUAAAGGAAAAGGGGCAAUGA